GAAAUGCUACGAACUCUACCUCAGAUCUCCAGCGGAAGAAAAAAUCCUGUAAGCAAAGCUCAGCACCAAAAACUCCAGAGAAUGCUGCUCGCCGACAUUUCUGGACAGGUUACCCACUGGGAGAUUCACCACUGUCUCAGUCCCAUUGCUACCUAAGAUAGAGCUGGCCCCUGUUCCUGGAAAGGCGUUUGUGGGAGUAAAGAUGGAGGCCGGAGGGGAGCGCUUUCCUAAACAAAGGCAAGUCCUGAUUCUCUUUCUCUUGCUGGGAGUGGCUCUGGCAGGCUGGGAAUCCCGUCGCUAUUUCGUGAUGGAGGAAACUGAGAGCGGCUCCUUUGUGGCCAAUCUUGCUAAGGACCUGGGGCUGGGAGUGGAGGAGCUAGCUGCGCGAGAAGCCCGGGUGGUCUCCGAGGACAACGAACCCUGGCUGCAGCUUGAUCUACAGACUGGGGAGUUGAUAUUAAGUGAGAAACUGGACCGGGAAGAGAUGUGCGGCCCCACAGAUCCAUGUGUAAUGCAUUUCCAAGUGUUACUGAAAAAACCACUGGGAGUAUUUCGAGCUGAGCUACUGGUGAGAGACAUAAACGAUCAUUCUCCUGAGUUUCCUGAAAGAGAAAUGACGCUGAAAAUCCUAGAGACUAGCCCUCCUGGGACCGUGUUUCCUCUGAAAACAGCCCAGGAUUUGGACGUGGGCAACAACAACAUACAAAACUACAAUAUCAGUCACAACUCUUACUUCCAUGUUUCCACCCGCAACUGGGGGGACGGCAGGAAAUACCCAGAGCUGGUGCUGGACAAAGAGCUGGAUCGCGAAGAGCAGGCCGAGCUCAGAUUAACCCUCACAGCGCUGGAUGGCGGCUCUCCGCCCAGGUCUGGCACCGCCCAGGUCCGAAUCUUGGUCUUGGACGUUAAUGACAACGCCCCUGAGUUUGCACAGACGCACUACCAGGUGCAGGUCCCAGAGAACAGCCCUGUAGGCACCCUAGUUGUCCAGGUCUCAGCUAGGGAUUUGGACACCGGAACAAACGGAGAGAUAUCAUAUUCCCUUUUUGAUAGUUCUCAAGAGAUAAGCACAACUUUUGAGCUAAGCAGCAUUUCAGGAGACGUUCGACUAAUUAAAAAACUAGAUUUUGAGACAAUAUCCUCAUAUGAGCUGUAUAUAGAUGCGUCUGAUGGUGGGGGACUUUCUGGAAAAUGCUCUGUCUCCAUUGAGGUGAUGGAUGUUAAUGAUAACUCCCCAGAACUAACUAUUUCAUCACUUACCAACCCCAUUCCUGAAAAUUCCCCCGAGACAGAAGUGGCCCUGUUUAGGAUUCGAGACCGAGACUCAGGGGACAACGGAAGGAUGACUUGCUCCAUCCAGGAUGAUCUCCCCUUCCUCCUGAAACCAUCUGCAGAGAACUUCUACACCCUAGUAACAAAUGGGGCGCUGGACAGAGAGAGUAAAGCCCAAUAUAAUAUCACUAUCACCGUCACAGAUAUGGGGACACCGAGACUGAAAACCGAGCACAACAUAACCGUGCUGGUGUCCGACGUCAACGACAACGCCCCCGCCUUCAACCAGACCUCCUACACCCUGUCCGUCCGCGAGAACAACAGUCCCGCCCUGCACAUCGGCAGCGUCCGCGCCACAGACAGAGACGCGGGCGCCAACGCCCAGGUCACCUACUCGCUGCUGCCGCCCCUCGACGCGCACGUGCCCCUGGCCUCCCUGGUGUCCAUCAACCCGGACAACGGCCACCUGUUCGCCCUGAGGUCCCUGGACUACGAGGCCCUGCGGGCGUUCGAGUUCCGCGUGGGCGCCGCCGACCGCGGCUCGCCCGCGCUCAGCAGCCAGGCGCUGGUGCGCGUGCUCGUGGCGGACGACAACGACAACGCGCCCUUCGUGCUGUACCCGCUGCAGAACGCCUCGGCGCCCUGCACCGAGCUGGUGCCCAGGGCGGCCGAGGCGGGCUACCUGGUGACCAAGGUGGUGGCGGUGGACGGCGACUCGGGCCAGAACGCCUGGCUGUCGUACCAGCUGCUCAAGGCCACGGAGCCCGGCCUGUUCGGCGUGUGGGCGCACAACGGCGAGGUGCGCACGGCCCGGCUGCUGAGCGAGCGCGACGCGGCCAAGCACAGGCUGCUGGUGCUGGUCAAGGACAACGGCGAGCCGCCGCUCUCGGCCAGCGUCACGCUGCACGUGCUGCUGGUGGACGGCUUCUCGCAGCCCUACCUGCCGGCCCCGGAAGCGGAAGCGGCGGACGCGGCCCCGGCCGCCCCGCUCACCGUCUACCUGGUGGUGGCCUUGGCGUCGGUGUCGUCGCUCUUCGUCUUCUCGGUGCUGGUGUUCGUCGCGGCGCGGCUGUGCAGGAGGGGCGGGACGGCCUCGGUGGGUCGCUGCUCGGUGCCCGAGGGCCACUUUCCGGGCCACCUGGUGGACGUCAGCGGCACGGGGACCCUGUCCCAGAGCUACCAGUACGAGGAAAGAACCUUGAGUGGUACAUCUGACUGUUCACUUUUCUUGGAAAGAAAGAUGGCCCGAGAACUCUUCCUGGGAGCUUCCCUCUCUUCUUGAAGGAAAACUCCCCAUGCUGCUUUUCCAAGCUGCUGUGAGCAUUCUGGAUUCAAAUGGACUGCUGAGGCCACAAUCACACCUGACAGUGCUGACUAUGAGGCAGCAGAGAAUGGCUCCAGCUCCUGCACUUUCCAUGCAGAACACUUCCAGAUGCUGUCCACGCCUGUGAGGUGGAAAAGGUGAUGUCAUGCACAAGCAAAACUGUUUGGAACCAACUGCCUUGGGAAGCCCCUUUGAAACCAAAAACUGAACUGAAUUAUUUGGACUGAACUGAGAAUCCUGGAGCAGGAGGCCCCAUGGUUAGAGGCCAUCUUGAAGUCUCUGUUAACCAGUACUGCCUAACUAAUGUAUGUCCUGCUUGGGGUGCCCUAACUAUGUAAACUCUCUGUUUCCAGAGGUACUACAUGUGCCCUCUGGGACUGUAUUUCUUCCAUGUGUACCCUGCUAUCAUGACACUGCCUCAGCCCUACAAGGCAUUUGUGUCAGCUUCAGCUUCCUAGCCAGAGUUGUGCUGUGCCUGACUUGAUGCCUUGGGUCAGGUGAAAAGGUUACAACAAAAACUUAAACAGGAAGAUACCUGGCUUUCUAAGGUAGGCCUUUACGGUUAGUGGGAUUUGUUUAACUGGCCAAAUCUAGGACCCAUGGAGGGCAUAACUGAGGCCAAUGUUGUAUGUUGGUCUCACCCUGCUACAUGGGGUCCUACUGAUGAUAAUCUUGUUGUAAAGACACCUUGGCCAAGGGCCAAGGGGAUGGGCUGUGCAGGAAAGAGUUACCAUAGCAGGCCUGAGACUCCUAUCCUUAGAAAGCCCUGCUUGCAAGGUUGGCCCUUUGUUGGCAUCUGGGACUUGGAUUUGGAGACUGUCCCCAGCGUUUCAUAACUGAUAAAGGCCAUUUACUGUGCCUAAACUGUAUAUACAAACAAUGUAGUUUAUGCUAGGCAGGGGAUGCCCAUGUGUCCAGCACCCAAUAAAACCCCUGGAUUUCAGGUAAGCUUCGCUGGUAGACAACACUUCAUACAUGUUGUUUCAAUCUGAUGCUAGAAGAAUGAAGCACAUUCUGUGUGAAUCCAAGGAAGAGGAUCUUAGAAAUUUCUAUCUACUUUCCUCCAGAUUUUGUCCAAGGCACCUUUUCCCUUUGCUGAUUUUUCUUUGUAUCCUUUUACUGUAUCGUUUUACAUUCUCACAGUCAUGAGUAUGACUAUAUGCUGAGUCUCAUGAGUCUUUCUAGCAAAUCACCAAACCUGGGGAUGGUCUUAGAAACCUUCAAUGUCAAACCCUUUCAUUUGUUCCCUGACUGGUAGGGUAAGAAACAUUAUAGUGGAAAACCUGAAAUUUCCCUUUCCCUAGCCAAGAUAGUAAAUAAGUAACACUGCAUCCUAAUUUCAGAGAUGAGCACUACAGUCUAAAAGUUAAAGUAUGCAGAGGUGAUAGUCUCCUCAUAUCCUCAUUUAAUUCACCUGUUCACCCCCUGCAAAAACUGGAUGGAUCAUAGUGAUGACAAUGGACUGCAAUUUGUUUAAUCAACUGGCAGCUCCAAUUACAGCUGCCAUACCAGUGGUUAUCUCUACUGGAGCAGAUUAGUAUAACCUUUAGCACUUGGUAGGUGGCUAUUUUUCUGGUGAAUGCAUUCAUCUUAAACUCCACCAGUGAAUAAAAUCAAAAGCAGUUCAUCUUCUCAUAACAGGGCAGCAAAAUAUAUUCACUGUCUUGCCCCAGAGCUAUGUCAACUCUUUCCCUUUCUUUUGUAGCAUACUCCACAAAGACCUCAACAUUGAACAUUCUGCAGAACAUAAUGUUAGACUACCAUAUUGAUGACAUCAUGCUAAUUGGGCCUAA